AUGGAGAAGAAGAAAAUAGAGUGUUGUGUGUACAAGAAACUAGAUGAGGAGGACAGAAGGCCAAGGAGCUGGGAAAUGGGUAUAAGCUGUACUAAGCUGUGCAGGAUAGCAGAACAGAAGAGGUUAUGGAAACUACCGGGGCAUCAAACUUACCUCACACCUAAUAAAGAUGUGGGAAAAAAAAUUAUAGACAAGAGGCUAAGGAACAGAGUGGAGGAAUCGGCGCAUAAACUCGGCUUCGUGCCCAAUAGAAUCACAGAGUACGCAGUAUUUGCACUCCGUCAAGUAGUGGAGAAGUACAGAGAGGGACAAGAAAAGAUGCACUGCAUCUACCUUGACCUAGAGAAAGCGCACGAUCGGGUCCUGAGGCAGGAAGUGUGGAAUUGUCUGCGGCUAAAGAAGGUGGAAGAGAAAUACGUCAGGCUGGUACAGGAUAUAUGUGAGGGUAGCAAGACACUAGUGAGAUGUGCAGCGGGUGACACAGAGGAAUUUGAGGACACGGUGGGACUGCAUCACGGCUCAGCGCUUAGCCCUUUCUUAAUUGCAGUCAUUAUCAAGUGUAUGACGGAAAAGGUGCAGAGGGAGGCCCGUUGUGGUGAGUGA